UUGAUGGUUUAUAUAUAUGUCUUCUUCUGUUUUGUUGAUACACCUCAUUUUUAGUUUAAUUAUUACAGUUUUAAACCCUUCAGUGAAAACAGAAAAUACAUGCUGUACUUUUUGCGUAUAAUAAUUUAGCAACAGCGCUCAAGAAAGCGAAAGAUGGUAGGUUACUUUUUCUUUUAUGUGAUCCGGUGCAGUAACUACCAACAACUUUGUGGUUGGAAAGUUUAUAUUUCUGAGUCAUUUCAUUUAACUCCUUUAAUGUCUUGUAUAUUUCCCCUUAUUUAAUAAUGAAAAAGUUGUUUAUGCAUAAAUCUAGAGGAUUAUCAUAUAAUUAAUUGUUACUAGGUUAUAAGAGGUGCAUUUAGUUCAGAAAUUGCACGUUCAUUUUGUAUCUUUAUUGGUUGAACUUUAAAAUCUAGUUUUUUGUUUUUUAAAUUAGAUCAUCUGCAGUCAUAAUAUAUUUAACCAUGUCUAAUUAGAGAAUAAGUUCUUUUAAGGCAGUUUGAUUAAUUUAAAAAUGAGAAGGACCGAAAAUGAGGUAUGGUAAAGUUUUUACGGCCAAUAAAUUUAAAUAUCCAACACUACUCAAUCAAAAAUAUAUCAAAUAAAAAAUAGCAUUUAAUUAAUAUUAUACAUUCGAUACGGGUUUUCAGAAAAAAGAGAAAUCCUUGGUUCUCAUGCAGCUAUAGUACAGUAAAACUUUUGUAAAUCACUAUUCUCGAACAUUGUACAACUGUUCAUUGUAUACAUACCAAAAUUAACGCAAAGUAAAAGUCUCGGGAACGCAUAUUCCUAUUAUUUUUAGUGGGAAGCACUUCCAGUGUGACACUGUAGUCAAAUAUUUUCGCUUUGGCACCUGCUUUAAUACUAAAUAUGAAGUUUCUAUUGGGUGGUUUGAGAGUAGCUUCUGGCACGCUGUAGCACUACUGAGCAGCGGUAACCCCGCCCCUUUAUGCUAAUAAAACACACAAUCCUGGUCGAGGGAACAGUCGCUCUGUGAUUGGUCAGGUAAAACCCAUUUAUUCCCUGACAGCCCUCAUCACAUGAAUGGUUGUCUAUUAACUUGUUCAAAAAGUAUCAGGAGUUGUCAAGGCUCUGCCGAAGAGGGAAAAAAGUAGUUUGUUGAUUCUUAAAAGACCAAGAGAGAAGUUUCUGGACACAUCAGGAUUCAAAACAGGAUUCGCUUUGGGUGAACGCAGCAAAGUCGUUUACUAUUUGAGUGAAGUUACAGAAAUCCCGCAAGGUAUCAAUUACCUUUGGUUUGGACUUCUUCUUUGGUGUAGCAGGUUAAAACAAGAUCAGUUUCAAUGUACAACAUGAUGGAAACCGAACUCAAACCGCCCGCACCCCAGCCAAAUUCUGGGGGAACGGGGAACUCUAAUUCAUCUGGAAACAACCAGAAAAACAGUCCGGACAGAGUAAAGAGACCAAUGAACGCCUUCAUGGUUUGGUCUAGGGGGCAACGGAGAAAAAUGGCGCAGGAAAACCCUAAAAUGCACAAUUCGGAAAUUAGUAAGCGACUCGGGGCCGAGUGGAAACUUCUGUCGGAGAGCGAAAAGCGACCUUUUAUCGACGAAGCAAAGCGCCUCCGAGCGCUACAUAUGAAGGAACACCCGGAUUACAAAUACAGACCUAGGCGGAAAACCAAGACGCUAAUGAAGAAGGACAAAUACACCCUGCAAGGUGGGCUUCUCGCGCCGGGCGGUAAUGCGAUGAGCGCCGGGGUGGGUGUUGGGGCUGGCUUAGGCGCAGGGGUCAAUCAGAGGAUGGACAGCUAUGCGCAUAUGAAUGGCUGGACCAACGGCGGCUAUGGUAUGAUGCAGGAGCAGCUUGGCUACCCGCAACAUCCUGGCUUAAACGCGCACAAUACGGCACAGAUGCAGCCCAUGCACCGGUACGAUAUGAGCGCUCUUCAGUAUAACUCUAUGACCAGCUCACAGAGCUAUAUGAACGGAUCGCCCACGUAUAGCAUGUCCUACUCCCAGCAGAGCGCUCCCGGGAUGACUCUGGGCUCUAUGGGUUCGGUAGUCAAGUCAGAGUCCAGUUCCAGUCCACCCGUAGUCACUUCACCGGCUCACUCAAGGGCUGCUCCAUGUCAGACCGGAGACCUUCGGGACAUGAUCAGUAUGUACCUUCCAGGUGCUGAAGUACCAGAACAAACGACCCAAACCAGACUUCAUAUGUCUCAACAUUAUCAGAGCGCACCUGUACCUGGCACAACAAUUAAUGGCACACUGCCGUUAUCACAUAUGUAAAUGCGCCUUUUUAUUCAAACUGGACUUCUGUGAACUAUUUUUGUACAGCUCGUUUGGGGGAGAAAUUGUAUAGGACUCAAGGAACGAACUUUUUUCUUUUUCUGUUCUUUUUUUUAAGGAAAAGUUAUAGAGGAACGGUAGGAACUUUGCAAGACGUUUUUUCUUUUUUCCCCAAAAGUGAACUGGAUUUUAAAGAGUGAGAAUCUCAUUCAAUCAAGUGUUUUAUUAUUGCAAUCAAGUUUUGUACAGUAUUUAUCAAAUAAACGCAAUCAAAAUGUAAUGUUUGUACACUCUAGGCAGUUAGUCUUUUUAACAAUUCUGCAAAAAAGCGAAAUAGAUAUGAGCUGGAUUUGGUUAUAAUAUUGCAAAACGUUAAAAGAAAAGAGCUGAUAUAAAUCAGGUAAAAUGUUUCUUGAAAAUAAUUAGAGUGCUAAAUCGUUUCAAUUUUGUUCACAGUAAAAAUACGAAAAGACCUUUUUUUCGUGAAGGUUAAACAUAAUUGUUAAUUUAUAAUUUUGUGUCCCACUUUUCAUCUGUUAAAGAUAUGAAGUUUGUGUUAUUUUCUCAUGGUUUGUAAUAUUUCUGUAUAUUUACUGUGAUAUUUUAAGUUUUUUUUUCCAUUUUCAUAGUUGUAUUUUAAAAUUUGGCCUGUAUUUAGAGCAGUUGCCGUCACUUGUACAUAUUUGAACUAAUAAUAUCAUAAUAACAGUUACAUUUUCAGCUUACGUUUUUUUUCAAUAUGCAGUUUGAAAAUAAUAAAUUUUUGAAUUUUUGAUAUUGAAAUUUGUUCGAGUUUUGAUUUUGUUUAUCAUUGUAGGUUUUCUGCGACUGUCAUUCACCCUCCAUGUGUUUUAAAUUACAAAUGAAAGGAGUCUUAUUAUGUUGAAACCGCAUAUAGGAAACUCCAUUAUGCAUGUGUGUAUGUUUCUGUCUUUUUAAAUGUCUUGUCGUCUCCUUUAGAAUUUUUAUUACUUUUUUGUAUUAUAUAUUGCGUAGUGUAUCAGCUGUGUCUAAUUUUAUUCUUAAUCUGAAGUACAUUCUGCAGAAACCUUCCUUAUUUAAUAACUGCAUGUAAAAGUAAAA